GAGACAAGGAAUGCCAGGGAUAAGCUAUUGCUUCAUAAUACCAUGAGCGUGGCAUAUGCAGAAAAGGGUAUCAUAGGUUGGAUUGAUCUCUGGUGGGGAAUUCUCUUAUGCAAUGUUUUGGAUAAAAAGCCUACCAUCCGUUUUGUUCCGUUGCCAGUUCCGGAACCGUGUGAUACGUCUGAGUUCCAUUUGAUGUUUGAGAAUCUCACUCCAAGACCACACCGUCAUGUGACGAUAUUCAAUGAUUUGAUCAAGUGUGUUGAGUUAGAUUUUCAUGUGCAAGAUGCUUUCUUCAACAUGAAGCGAGCAAAGGAUUAUGGCUGGAUGGCUAAAACAUGGACUAGAUCAAUUUAUUCAGAUGUUUGGUGUGAUGGCUUGACGAUUGAUACGUCUGAGAUAUCUUUCACCGACUCAAGUUUGCCGAAUUUGUUGCCUGGGAUGUUUGAUGAGGAAAACAAUUUGACUUGGAAGAAAUUGACUAGUGCUGGUCCUACAUUAAGCUUGCUUGAUGACAAUGUUAUUUACAUUAUGGCGAACGAGAGCAUGUGCCAUCCGACAGCAUAUGUACUUACUGUGGACACCAAAAGUUUGAAGCUCGAGUCUGGUGCGCAGUGUGCUCCUCAAAAGACGGCGUGGUUCGAACCAACAUAUGAACCGUGUGUUCUUUUUAGCUCUUUUGGCACGACUUCAGAGUUGGUUAAAGAAUUUGAAACCAAAGGGACAAUAUUUGAAAUCAAGGAAGGGCCGGUGCUGUCGGUGGUGUCGAAGCGUCUCCGUGUGCUGCGGAAGAAGCAGAAUCGCAUCGCGCAGAUGGAGGAGUCCGUCGCUGCUGGCAAGAUGCUUAACCAGGAGCAGAAGGAGCUCAUGCACUCCAAGCCCGUCAUCGCCGCGCUCAUUGACGAGCUUGAGCGCCUCCGCGUACCACUCUCCACUGCUCUCACCAAGGAGCUCUCCACCGUCCCUGCACCUGCUGCCGGUUCCUCAUCCUUUGGCUCCGAUUUGUCCAUCCAGGACCUCCUCGCGCUCAUCUACUUCGGCUCCCUUUUUUAUGUCAAGUCACCGAACGAGUUCAUCGCCACCAUGGUUGCGCGCAAGAACGAACGGAGCAGCUGCAUCACCCACGGCUACGUAUGGGAUGAUACCGUGGACCUGCUCGUGGAGAACGACCUUGACGCAGUGUCUGCUGUGGCGGCCCUUGCCGCGGCUCGCCCUUCUUCCGCAGAUGGUGUCUCCCACCAUGACGCACUCCAGGCCUGUGCCCAUCAUGCCCGCCUAUGGCUAACCCGUGCUGAUGCGCCGAUCCACCCUGGCUCCUCUGUUACAUAUGCUGCGGUGAGGUCCAAGUUAGACAGGAUCAUGGCAUCAGACUACUACACAGCACCUGCAGUUGCUGGGAACCAUGGAGCUGAAGGUCUGCAGGCACAGAUGAGCAUGACCGACUCACCAGAGGCACCAUCACUCAAGGAGACCCUAGCUGCUGAAAAUCACAAGGAGGACGAGGAAGAUUCCUCGCAUGCCACAGAAAUCGACAAUGAUCAUCAGUCUAAUGCAGCCGAUGUGCAAAAUGUGGAUGGUAAAACCCUGGUGAACCCUCGUGUGGAAUAUCGCGUGGCUGAGGCAGAGCAGGAGAAAUUUGAUGUGAAAGAACAAGAUCAGAUGUAUGCCGAGCCAAAAAAGCGACAGUUUCAGCACCCUCGGCAAUCUUGUCAGAACCAGCGAGGUGGUGAUCGUGGCUGGAGGGGGGCCUACCCUAAUGGCCGCAGCGGGCAUGGAGGCGGCCGUGGCAUGGGCAGCAGAUACGAGAAUGGGCGUGGAGGUGGUGGUGGUGGCGGCCGUGGCAUGGGCAGUGGAUACGAGAAUGGGCGUGGAGGUGGUGGUGGUGGCUGUGGCAUGGGCAGCGGAUACGAAAAUGGGUGUGGAGGUGGUGGUGGAUACCAGAAUGACCGGGGUUGUGGUGGCGGAUACCAGAAUGGCCGGGGUGGUGGCGGCGGGUACCAGAACAGCCGGGGUGGUGGUGGCGGUGGCGGGUACCAGAACAGCCGGGGUGGUGGUGGCAGCGGCGGGUACCAGAAUAGCCGGGGUGGUGGUGGUGGCGGCGGGUACUACAACAACGACGAUGGGUACUACCAGCCGAGGAACUUGAACAACAGGGGCAGGGGCGCAGGGAGGUGGCCACGCGGACACCGAGAGGAUUGA